UCACACGUUGAAGGAUAAACUUACAAAUAGAGCCAUCACGGCUUUUCCUGAAACAAACGCAUCGUCAGUGAGAGGGAAAUCACAGAGCCAGCCAAAAGGAACGAAGAUGUGGGAUCCUGCAAAACCUUACUUCUGAGGAAAACUCGAAGAAAUUGUGACCUUGGCGGAAGGUACAUAAAUACCUCCGGGAACUCUGGGACCAACGGAUCGGUCGGAGUUCGUGUGGCGCCGCAUUUGGGCUCUAUAAAAAGCAGGCGAAAUGGCUUUCUGCGAUGAAUUCAAGGAUGACCAUCCAUCAUCCGUCUUUGGCAUCAAGGAAGAGGACGACGGUGAUUUCAUGGAAUUUAGUGAAGGUAAAACGGACAUAACGAAGGAGGAACUGGAAGAGUACAACCCAGAAGAAGGUGCAACAUCUUCGAAUGGAAGACCCUCGAGUAACGCAGACAGGAAGGUUUGCAGCGUCUGCGGGAGAAGCGCCAAGAGCAGCCACUUCGGAGCCUUGUGCUGCGAUUCGUGCAGGGCCUUUUUCAGACGGAACGUCCAGAAUAGCCUUUGGGAAACGUUCAUCUGCUUCAAAGAUGGUCAUUGCGAUAUAGUUCAAGACAGGAGGUCCUGCCAGCGAUGCAGCUCAGAACGACCACACAGGUCCCAGCCUUUGGCCUAA